CACUGCAUUCGGAUUUCUGAUAAUAUUUGUGGAUAAGAUUUUCCAAUGGAUGUCACAACUCACACAACACAACGCUGCUUCAUGUCGUACAUGCACAUUCCACUUCCCUACCAUGCAAUUCAUCUCUCUCUUUCUAUGCUUGCAACUACUGCACACUCGAGAUGUCCAGGGUGAUUCUAUGUAGGAUGAUAUGACUAUCUCCACAGUAAACAUAAAUCUGAUCCGCGGCCUUGAUCUAUAGCAGGAUGGUUGACACUGGAAUUUAAUCAAGGCAGUAAGGUUCACUGUUAUAAGAAAUGGGGAAGUUUGAUAAAGAGAGGUCCCAUACUGUCAUCACGGGGAAGCACCAAAAUGGGUCAAUUAUCUCCAAGAAACAAAUUCAGGCAUCAACCGCCAUGGAAGCACAUCUGCAUGAGAAGGACCAACUACGUCCAAUUUCAGUUUCUGGAAGUUCUCAAAUUCAAUCCUGUUGCGUUGUCUGUUUGGGCAACAAUAGUUGCCAAACAGUUCGUUCAAGAACAAAAUUGAUGAAUAUCUUGGUUGAGAGGGGAAAGCCUCAUGAAGUCCACUCCAUUUUCAAAGGUUUAACAGAAGAAGGACACAGGCCAACACUAAUAACAUAUACGACUCUCUUAUCUGCUUUGACCCUCCAGAAACGUUUCAAGUCUAUUCCUUUGCUCCUCUCCAAGUUGGAAGAGAAUGGACUGAAGCCCGACUCAAUAUUUUUCAAUGCCAUGAUCAAUGCUUUCUCUGAAUCUGGAAAUGUGGAGAAGGCCAUGAAAAUCUUUCGAAAAAUGAAGGAGAGCGGAUGUAAGCCAACAACCAGCACUUUUAAUACCCUAAUGAAAGGUUUUGGUAAUGUUGGUAAGCCUGAAGAAUCUUUGAAACUAUUAGAGCUAAUGUCACAUGAAGAAAAGGUGAAACCCAAUGAUAGGACUUAUAACAUUCUUGUUCGAGCCUGGUGUAGCAAGAACAAUAUUAGAGAAGCAUGGAAUGUGGUAUAUAGGAUGGUUGCAUCUGGAUUGAAAGCAGAUGUCGUCACGUAUAACACAAUAGCAAGGGCUUAUGCUCAGAAUGGACAGACAUUUAGGGCUGAGGGGAUGAUAUUGGAGAUGCAGAACAACAAAGUGGCACCCAAUCAGCGGACUUGUGGCAUCAUAAUCAGUGGCUAUUGUAAAGAAGGUAACAUGGAAGAGGCCUUGAGAUUCAUGUACAGGAUGAAGGAUCUUGGUGUGCAUCCAAAUCUUGUAGUUUUUAACUCAAUUAUCAAGGGAUUUCUUGACGUCACAGAUGGGGAUGGAGUUGAUGAGGCACUGACAUUGAUGAAAGAAUUUGGGGUCAAACCGGAUGUAAUAACAUUUAGCACCAUCAUGAAUGCAUGGAGUUCAGCAGGACUCAUGGAGAAAUGCCAUGAGAUGUUUGAUGACAUGUUGAAGGCUGGCAUAGAGCCUGACAUCCAUGCAUUCAGCAUUCUUGCAAAAGGUUACGUGCGCACUGGAGAAGCUGAGAAAGCCGAGUCAGUCCUGACAACAAUGGAGAAGUAUGGUGUACACCCAAAUGUUGUAAUCUUCACUACCAUCAUAAGUGGAUGGUGCAGUGCAGGCAAAAUGGAGUACGCUUUAAAGUUAUAUGAGAAGAUGUGUGAAAUGGGAAUUUCCCCCAAUUUAAAAACUUUCAACACCCUAAUAUGGGGAUAUGGAGAAGCAAAACAGCCUUGGAAAGCAGAAGAAUUGCUCCAAAUUAUGGAAGAAAAGGGUGUUCUUCCUGAGAAGGAUACUUUCCAGCUUGUUGCAGAGGCAUGGCAUGGAAUUGGUCUAGUGAGUGAGGCCAAGAGAAUCGAAAAUGAUACAGAAGAAGAUCAAGGAGUUACACCAAAUGCUAAGAAGGAUGAGAUAACUGCAGAGAGCCUAGGUCUAAUAUAUCAGAAAGAAAAUCUCAGUGCUUCUUAUUCCAAUCCAUUGCAAGUUCCUGGGACUGUCAUGACCAACGAGAAAGAGUCUGCUGCCAGUAACACCAGAAGCCGGAUGGUGCUGAAACGAUCCGGAUUCUCAUCUGAGAAGUUGAGUGCUAUUACUAAAACCAUCUGUCUUACUCAUGCGCACCGAUUUGGGGUGAAACCGUUGAUGGCAUGCCACAAGCAGUUUCAAGUGCAGGAAUCUUCCUUGAAUUUGAUGGUUCUGGUGCUACUAGAGUCGAUGACUAGGGAACACGAGAUACGCCUACGGUGCCUUGUCUUCACCAGUUUCCCCACCACAUUUCCUCGUGACCGGAUUUCAAACUCCAUUUUAAAUGGAACUCCACCAUUGUUGUCUGAUGCGGCGAAGGUUGCUCCAGCUCCAUACAGAGGAACUUUAUCACCUUCUAGAUUCACAGACAUAACUCGUCGGCUCUUUCUUGGUUGGUAAUAUUUCUUCAACUGCAACCAUAAAAAGUGUGAAUCAACUAUGUAUUAGUUACUGCACAAUUUUAUUUUGCAUAUAGAAGUGUAACAUACAUUCCAAUAAUCUAAACAUCCCAUUCAAAUAG